AUGACCAAAGACUACCCCAGCCCCUUGGGGGGCGCCCGCGCGUCGCCCAAGAAGCCGGGCAGCCUGGGCUCGGCGACAGCGGUGCUGGAAGAACAGAGGCGGGAGGUGGAGAAGCUGCGGGCCGAGCUGGAGGCGGAGCGGGCGCGCGGGCGGGCCGAAAGGCGGCGCUUCGCGGCCCAGGCGCGCCAGUUGCGAGAGGCCGGGGAGCGGGAGCGGCAGCAGCUGGCGGACCACCUGCGCUCCAAGUGGGAGGCGCAGCGCAGCCGGGAGCUGCGGCAGCUGCAGGAGGCAGUGCUGCGGGAGCGCGAGGCCGAGAUUCGGCAGCUGCUGCGUUGGAAAGACGCCCAGCUGCGGCAGCUGAGGCAGCGGCUGCAGCACGAGCGUGACGGCGUCGUGCGCCAGGCCCGGGCGCUGCAGCGCCAGCUGGCGGAGGAGCUGGUGAACCGCGGCUACUGCAGCCGCGCGGGGGCGCCCGAGGCGGCGGCCGCGCAGUGCCGCUGUCGCCUCCAAGACGUGCUGGCGCAGCUGCGCUGGGAGACCGAUGGCGAGCAGGCCGCUCGCAUUCGCCACCUGCAGGCGGCGCUCGACGGGGAACGCCAGCUGUUCCUCAGAUACAUUCUGGAGCACUUCCGCUGGCGCCCUGCUUUGUCUGCGCUCCCGGACCCCCAGGCUGUGCCCGCCUCGGAAGAGCCAACGCCAGAAACAGCCAGCUGCCGCCCAGAGCCAGCCUUUCGACGUGGAUCCCUCCGCAGCCAGAGCACCAGCACCCACGUGCGCUCCCGUUCCCUCGACUUAGUGCCCGGGGCGCGUUCCAGUUCCCCCGACCGCCUCCUCCCUACGAGGGCCAGCUCUUUCGACUCCUUGGCCCCCGCGCCGUCCCACUCGCUCAACACCACCCGAAGUCGUCCCAAGGCCUCCGAAGCCGAGCAACUGGCCUCCUCCUUGCCAGAUGACUCCAUCCUGGGGUCCCCGCGCCCCCUGGCCCCUCCGCCGCCACCAUCACCACCGCCGCCGCCACAGUCCCCGUACCCGUCGGAGCACAGGAAAUCUAGCGACCUGCGGGGCGGAGACGACUCGGCGAGCCAGCCCUGCGAAGUCCUGACCCCCUCGCCGCCGGACUUGGACUACUCGGCGCUAGUGCAACGGAACUCGGAGCUGGCCGAAGCGCUCCAAGUGCUGGCCCGCCGCUGCUCCGCCCUGCGCGAGGAGAACUACCAGCUGCGGCGCGCCGGCUUCCCCGACGAGGCGGAGGAAAAGGUGAAGCGUCUCAAGGUAAAGAACGCGGAACUGACGGGCCUGGCGCGGCGCCUGGAGGACCGCGCCCGCCAGCUGCAGGAGACCAGCCUGCGGGCGGUGAGCGCACCGGUGCUGGGGGAGAGCCGCGCGGGCCUGGAGCUGUACCAGGCCUUCGUGCGCCUGCGCGCCCGGGACCUGACGGAGCAGGCGGGGGCGCUGCUGGCUAAGGACAAGCAAAUCGAAGAGCUGCAGCAAGAGUGCUACCUGCUGCAGGCGCGCUUGUCCUCGGGCUUGGGCAGCGCCCCGCUCCCUGAAGGGGGCGCCCCCGGCGCGCAGCGGCUCCCCGUGGGCGACUUGGAGUGUCUGCUGCGCGAGUCCCGGCGGGAAGUGUUACGCCUCCAAAGACAGUUAGUACAGCAGGGCGUGGGUGGCGCUCGGGCAGAGCGCAGCUGCCAGAGCGCACCCUGCGAAGAGGCGCAGCGCCAGCUUCGGGAGUUGGAGCGCGAGCUGGGCGCGCGGCGGCGCGAAUGCGAAGAGCUGAGCGCGCAGGCGGUGGCGGCGCGGCGGCGCGGCGAGGAGGCCGAGGCGCAGCGGCAGGCGGCGCUGCGCGAGGGCGCUUGGCUGGCGGAGGAGAACGCGCGCCUGCAGGCCCAGGCCGACUUGGUGCGGAAGGCGGAGGCCGAGAACAGCGACGUGUUGCGCCAGCUGGGCCGCGCGUGCCAGGAGCGCGACGCCAGCGGCCUGCUGGCCGAGCAGCUGCUUCCGCAGUUGGCGCGCGGACAGGACAGGCGGCAGCAACUGCAGCAUGACCUGCAGAAGGCCUUGCGGGACCUCCAGGCUGCCUGGGAGGGGAUACGGGCCCUGCGGUGUCAGCGCCGUGAGGCCACCCAAGUCCCCAAGUCCCCAGCCGGGGGCGGUGGAAGUCCCGAGUGCCAGCCAGGACUUGAAGACCCAGCGCUGCCCCAGCCCAGCGGGUACAAACAAAGGAGAGAACCUUCACUAACAGAGAGCCUGGUAGCUCCAGGGGAGCCAGCCAGUGUUCCCCAAGGGUCAGCCAGUGUCCCUGCCGACGCGCCUCUGGACUCCGCGCCCCAGGCCAAGAAAACUAGCUCCAACUCCUCAUCUGAGAUGGAGUCCGUGUGGGUCACUGUGCCCUCCUGCCCUAAUCUGGACUUCGACACAGCAAGCGAGGUGGAUGACCUGGAGUCUGACAGCCCAUCCCCAACCCUGGCCGUGGGGGGCUUGGAGGUCCCUGCCACCACCCAGCUCAAGAUCAAGGACUGUGUGUACAUCUUUGGGGACAUGGAUGAGGAUGGCUUUUAUGAAGGGGAGCUUAAGGAUGGCCAGCGGAUCCAUGACUGUGAUAUUCCGGGCUGCCCUCCUUCCAAGACCCCCCCCCUUGACCCCAGUCCACUCCUGGCCGGGCAGGGCAAAGCUCUCCAGAAUGACACUAGUCUUAGCUUGUUACCUGGGAAAUCCCAGACUGCAGUGGACAGCGGGCCACCCCCAGUGGCCAAGGUGGGCUCCAUGAUGGAAGUGGAGAUCUUGGAUGCUGGGAUGCAAGCGCACCAGCCGGGUUCGCUGCACAGUGUAGGGGAGCAGGGCUCCUCCCGAGCUCCUUUAGGGGCCAAAGGGCCCCUCUGUGUGGCUCCCACGCAGCUAGAGCUACGAAGUGUCACGGCCACAUCUGCUGAGGUCACGUGGGUCUGUAACAGCAGCAGUCACCCCCAUGUGGUAUACCUCGAUGAUCAAGAGCAGGCUUUGACCCCAGCAGGUGUGAGCUGCUACACUUUCCGCAGCCUGCGUCCUGACACCCAAUACCAGGUGCGGGUGGAGGGGUGGCUGCCGUGGUCCUUGCUGCAGAUGCCCCGGGAGACCAUGUGCUGCGGUAUCACCUUGGCCACACCCUUGGCCGGGCCCCCUGACCCCCCGCUGGAUGUGCUGGUGGAGCGCCACUCCUCGGCGGGCCUCCUGGUGGUCAGCUGGCUCCCGGUGACCAUCGACUCGGCCGGCUUCUCCAAUGGCGUCCGGGUCACGGGCUACGCCGUGUACACUGAUGGGCUCAAGGUUGCCGAAGUGGCCAGUGCCACUGCUGGGAACACCCUGCUGGACCUUGACCGGCUGCAGGUACCUGCAACGUGCCAGAAAGUCUCCGUGAGAACCAUGUCCCUGUGUGGCGAGUCCCUGGACUCGGUGCCAGCCCUGAUUCCCGAGGACUGUUGGACCUGUCACCGACGCCCAGAGGACUCUUCAUCUGGCUACAUCUGUGGCCACCCAUCCACCUACAAUGUCACCUUCCCCAUCUGCCCUCAGAGGUUGGGGCUGGCUCCUCUGAGUGCCGAGACCAGCCCUCACACCCCAGAAAGCCAUGGGGAGCUCCAAGCGGAGUUUCUGGAAGCAUUUGCUGAAGAACCUCCAAGGAGGUGGGCUCCAGUGCCCAGCCUGAGUUCAGAAGGAGAAAGUCCAAGUUCAGGGGCCAGCAGCCAAGCCCAGGGUCCCCGAGAGGCUCGGGAGGUCUGCGGGCAGGACCUGUACUUCCACAAGAGCGUUCAGGACCACAGGCUGCCACUACCCAGUGGCCAGUCUGCAGAGCAAGAGAACCCCCAUGGGGACACGGGCAACAGCAAAAACCCCACUCCAGGCCCUGUCCGUCACUCUCCCAAGGGUCGGCCUGUAAAAAUGCUGGGUUGGCCCAAACCUUCCCUGGAGAAGGUCUCAAAGCAAAAGCAAGAUGCCCACGUGUCCAGCCUUGCCCUACGGGGCCCCAGCGAGCAGUGUGUCGUCUCUGGCUGCCACAAGCAUACGUGGGGUGUGGGGCAGCAAGGACCAAGAGAGGUACCCAGGGCCCAGGGUGGGCAAGGCCAGGUGCCGGGGGGCAGGCCAAAGCUCCAGGUCCACAAGCUGAGCUCAGUUCUGUGUCCGGCUCUGCCCGGCAAAGUCAAGACGGCCAGGCUUGGCCCCGCAUGGCUGGGGCAGGGGGCCGACUCUCCGGCCAAGGUCUUCAUGGCCCUCUUUGAUUAUGACCCUUUGAUGAUGUCUGCCAACCCCCGGACUUCAGAAGAGGAGCUGGCUCUCCAGAAGGGGCAGCUGCUGAGAGUGGGGGGCUCUCAGGACCCCAACUGCUUCUACCGUGGCCAGUGCAGCGGACGGGUGGGCAACAUCCCCGGGCACCCGGCGGCCAAGGCACAGGUGGAUGUGGCGUGGACCAACGAGAGGUGGCAUCUACCAGCUCAAGGUCACCUGCACUCUGUGGCCUGCCCUGAGGACAUUGGGGGGCUCGCUGACCACCAGGGCUCCUUCCCCGGGGCCCAAGGAGACCCCAAGAAUCCCCCAGUAUGGACUCCAAAGACCAUGAUAGCAUCUGUGGGCUAUGACCCGAGAGACAAGGGAGCAGGGACCCGGGCGAAGGGCCAGCUGGCCCUGACAGCAGGGGAUGUGGUCACAGUCUAUGGCCCAGUGGAUGACCAGGGGUUCUACUAUGGGGUGUCAGGAGGCCACUGGGGCCUGGUCCCUGCCCACCUCCUAGACCACAUGCCCUUCCAUGGAGAGUGA